AUGAUGAAAACCAAAGAGGAGAAGGAGGAAACAAUUUCUCCUUCUACUUGUUACUCCUUAUCAAAGUUUGGAAGUUACUUGCCUGAAGAUUUGAUCACUGAAAUACUAUUGCGAUCGCCCGUAAAAUCACUCGUACGAUUCAAAUCGAUGUGCAAAGAUUGGAGUUCAAUAAUCACAAACCCUAAUUUUACCAAAACACAAUUUCACCAUUCAUCAAGGUACUAUCUUUCAUUAUCUCAUGUUAUUUUUCAACAUGAUAAUUCUAUAUUCAUCCUUCAUCUCGAUCUCAAUGAUAUACCAUACAAAAAAACUAAUCAACAAAUAAAAGGCAAAUUUGUACCAUUUUCUUCUAAUUUUAUCAAGAAAACAACCAAGGCUAUACGAAAUAUACAUGUUUUUGGGUCGUGUAAUGGGAUAUUAUUCGUUUAUAUUAACAACACCAUGUAUCUUUGGAAUCCCACGACCGACGAAUAUCGGGUUAUACCAUCACCACCGAAUUUGGAUCUUUCUAGUGAGAAAGUUUGGUUAGCCGGGUUCGGGUAUGCUUCUACUAUCGACGACUACAAAAUCGUGUUGGUUAUUAAGUACAUAUCCGUAAUCACAAUGGUAUAUGUAUACUCGACUCGACUUAAUAAGUGGAGGAAUGAAGAUACUGAUUUUUUUACGAAACUACGUUUGUGUAGAAUUUAUGUAGAACGCCAGUGUCAUAGAUGUACGUACGAGGCAAUUAUAUCGAAUGAUGCGUUACAUUGGACUUUGAGGAAAUUUAAUUAUUGUCGAUGUCAUCAAGACGAAGAUGAUAAUAAUAAUAAUAAUAAGCAACGCCCACAUUUUAUCUUCAAAUUUGAUAUGGUGAAUGAAAUUUUCCAAUGGGUAUUUGACCUUAAUCAAAUCCAUAGCAGUGAUGACAAAUUAACAAGGAAAGUGAUGGAGAGGGAGCUAAAAAUUAGGGUUGAUGGUGAUGGUAGUCUUUAUGUGUAUCUACAAUACAAUGAAUCUUAUCACUAUAAGUAUUGGAGUGAUUCGAGAGCACUUCUGGCAGAUGUAGUUGAGAUGUGGGUGAUAACUAAGUCGAAUGUUCGAAAGAAGUUUAGACUUGAAGGAAGAUGGAACAACAUAGGAAACAAUCAUGAAAUGAUAAAGAUUACGGGUAAUGGUAAAGUUAUAGUCUUUAGAAGGGGCUACUCUACAAUGGAAAAUUUGGUUAUAUUUGAUGGACGUCAACCUAAUAAGCGUUUUUAUAUUGAAGCUACUAGUGAAUAUGGUAAACCAUAUGAUGAUACUAUUAGGUAUCAAGAUCAACGCUUUCAACGUGUGGUGCAUUAUUCCGAAAGUCUUAUUAACCCUAAACAUAUUUGA